GUGCCCAAAUAUUUAUUAUAAUUUUAUACUUGAUUCCUGAACCUCAGAACCUGAUACGGUGAGGUGAGGUGAGCAGUUGAGACUUGAGAGAGGCGGAGAGCAGAGAAUCAGAGAGAGGCUGAGGCGGUUCAGCUGGAGACUGGAGACUAGAGAGAGGCGGAGAGCAGAGACUAGAGAGAAAGAUAGAGAGAGGGAAAGAAAAGAAAGUUAUGGACUUGCAGCUGAAACACAAGAAGAAUAAAAAGAAAAGGCAAAACACUGACAAGCUUCAAAAGGAUGAAGUUUUAAAUAUGGAAGUGGAAAGGGAAAAGAGCAAACCUACAGAAAAGAAUAAGAGAAAAAGAGAGAAGGGAAAUGAUAUUGACACUGGCAAAGCUGUUCGGAGCAAUAUCAAAGAUGGUUCAAUCAAUGCAAUCAGCGGAAGGAAAAUGAAAGAGUCAUCUAGGAAGAAAAAUAGAAAAAAUGAGGAAAGAAACACUCUGACUGGAAAAAGUGAGCAGCCCAGCACAGAUGCUGAAGUUGAAUUUGUUGACCAAUAUGGUAAGUCUAAGAAAGCUAAGCACAAGAAAAAGGAGGAUGGUGGUUCAUCAAAAAAGGGGGAGACUGAUCAGGAUGAAGUUUGUCAUCUCUCUUGUGGGGAUGAGAGCUGCUCAAAAGGGGUGAAAGGUAGUUCCAAGAAAGCUAGGAUGAAGAGAAAGAAAGAGCACAAUUCAUCCAAGGAGGCCAAGAAGUCACAGGAAAAGGCACCAGAAGCUGAUUCCGAUGAUGUUUAUCAAAUAUCUUCUGGGGAUGAGGACUGCUCAAAAGGAAUGAAAAAAUGGAUUAUGGAGUAUAACCAAAGUAGACCGGGGUUGAAGGUUUUGGAGCAAAAUAUUGAUGAAUUUAUAACUGCUCAUGAGGCAAAGCUAGAACAGGAAAGGAAAGAAAGAGAAGCCCAAGCCGCUGAAGGGGGUUGGACAGUUGUUGUACAUCAUAAAGGAAGGAAAAAGACAACAGAUGUUGAAAGCGGAACUACUGUGGGCUCUGUAGCCAAGGCUGUUGUGGAGGAUAACAUGAAAAAGAAGAAGCGUGAAGAAGUUAAGCUAGACUUCUACCGUUUUCAAAGAAGAGAAGCUCAGAGAAAUGAGAUCUUAACGUUACAAAGCAAGUUUGAGGAGGACAAAAAACGGAUACAACAAUUGAGAGCUGCUAGGAAGUUUCGACCUUACUGAACACUGCACAUUACAAAGAAAGGCCAGCAGCUCAUCAGGAGUUGUAUCCUGAAAGUUAGCAAUUUUGUAGUCAUUUUACUGCUGAUAAUUACUAGAGAAAUCAGCAACUGUAACUGGUUAUUGUGAUAACUAAUUUGUGAUCAAUGAUCAUACAGUUUUCAGAUUAUUAGUGAUAUGCAAAAUUUUAAUGCACAGCUGGAUUUUUUAGUUUGAGUUUAA